AAAUUAUUAUAAUUGUUUUUCUUUUGUACUAUAAUAUUAUUCGAACUUUUUGGAGUGGUUAGCUUAAGCCAGGACUAUAGUUUAAUUAGGAAAUAUUACUAGUUUUAACAAACAUACCUUACUAAAAAUUACUUCUGUAAAUUUUCAGGCAAAACAAAGGGCACUGGUGUAUGAAGAUAUGUCAGUGUUUUCAGUUUUGACAGCUCUUACGUUUAUUUUAGUCUAGGAUUAGUCUAAUCCCUGUCCGGGAAACCGCCCCAUAAUAAUUAAAAUCUGUAUAGCCUCCUCUAUUGUAACAACAAACAAAUUAGGAUUUUUUAUUUUAUUAUAUUUUAAAAACUAAAUUGGCAAGAUAACUGAAAAUUCAGCUGACAUGGCUUCAUGGUUUAGGAUCGUGCGUAACCAAAUUUAAAUCUCAGGAACUGUAAAUAUAUUUUAUAAGACACGGUUUCAAUUCAGUUCUCUUCAGGCUACGUCAAGACCUAUUUGACUAUACAAGAUUCAGGUUCUGUACAGUUUAAUAUCACGAGCAGAUCUUAACACACGUGUCAGAGGGGUUUUGUUUUGGAUAGGCUCCCCGCUCAUCUGAUGUGUUUCCGGUAAGAGUGGGCGACUGUAAUGGGUUGUGCACAUAGAAAGAGGUGUCAAACUGCGGACGGGCAACGCAGAGUGUCUGGUAUGUGCUGUCAAGCCUUUGAAAACCGAGGCACAGUGACGGUAUGCAAGUGUACAAUGUACUCUGUUUCGGGGGUAAUUUGCGCGCUGUCUAGGACACCUAGAUAACGCUUUCCGUCUUUCCUAUUUGAAAGGGAAUAGGAUACUUCAACCAGUGGAAUUUCAAAGCGCAGGCUGAAAUGGAUGAGCAGAGCGAAGAUGAGAGCAGCUCUCCAGCCCUGCUGCAGGCUGAAGACCACACACACAGGACCACCAACUUUUUCAUCGACAACAUCCUCCGACCGGACUUCGGCUUCAGAAGGGCACAGAAUCCAGGCGCGCGCGCAUCAGAGAAAGGGGUACUAGCUCUCCCCAGUACUCCCUGUCUGGAUUCUAACUGUAGCACUGACAGCGUUUCAUCUUCAGUCUCCUCCACUGUUUCCUCCCCUGGAAGCAAGAGACAUUCAACGGUAGACGAUGUCAGUGGAAUUAAGUCCCAAACACAUAAGUUUGUCUCAGCGUCAUCCGUUGCUUCGGAUAGCUCCGGUGAAACCUCCGCGCCCGGUAAAGACGCUCAGCAGCUUCUGUGGCCGGCGUGGGUUUAUUGCACGAGAUACUCUGAUCGACCGUCAUCUGGCCCAAGGACCCGGAAAUUGAAAAAGGAGAAAAACGACAGUGAGGAUAAACGACCCAGAACGGCAUUUACAGCUGAGCAGCUCCAGAGACUAAAGACUGAGUUUCAGGCCAGCCGGUAUAUCACGGAGCAGCGGCGACAGGUGCUCGCGCAGGAGCUCAACUUGAACGAGUCGCAAAUUAAAAUCUGGUUCCAGAACAAACGAGCUAAAAUCAAGAAAGCCAGCGGGUUUAAGAACGGCCUGGCGCUACAACUGAUGGCCCAGGGUCUGUAUAACCAUUCCACCACCACCACCACCAGCAUUCAAGAGGAGGACAACUGACACUAGCACAGAGGUCGAUAAAAAGAUCCAGACUUUAUACCACGAAGAGAUUGUUGAAAGAGUUUGGUAAAAGCUUUAGCCUAAUUAAUUAAUGGCUACAAACUUUUUGAAGAUGGUCCAGUUAAAUCAGUUUUUUUAUUUCGGAAUUAAUACGUGGACUCCAUCAAUCAGUUUCUCUUGAGUCUUGUAUGCCAAUUUAACGGAAGAUUGCUCGUGCCAAAGAUGUUCGAUAAACGUUUACAGCUUACAAAACAUGCCGGAUCUGAAUAUGUUUUAGCAGUAUUUUGACUAUAAUUAUUUUUUUCAUUUACUGAUUCGAGUUAAGGGAUAAGGGAAACGUAAAUAAACGAUAUCAAAUAUGAAGAGUUUCGUUGGAAAACGACAUAACACCGUUUU